UACAAAAGGUAGCAGGGGGAGACUGUGUGCCAGACUCUUCAGCUUUUGACUUCUGUACAACAGCCAUGAUCCACGCAUACUGCAUUAUAUUUGUCUUUCAGCUGCUCUCCCUCACUGGGGCUUCUGAGAGUGGCAUCGUGGGUGGUAAAGUUUCAAAGCCUCAUUCCAGACCCUACAUGGCAUCACUCCAGUUUGAUGGACAUCAUUCAUGUGGCGGGAUACUUAUUCGGGAGGAUUUUGUUCUAACUGCUGCACACUGCAAAGUGCCGAACCGCGAAAUGAUGGUGGUACUUGGAGCACAUAACAUAAGCAAGAAAGAGAAAAGUCAGCAAAGUAUCCCAGUGGCUAAGUACAUUCCACAUCCGGAAUUCACUGGAAAAUAUGAUUAUGACAUUAUGUUACUGAAGUUAAAAAACAAGGCCAAACUGAAUAAGUAUGUGAAGACAAUCAGACUACCAAAGAAAGAUGGGAAAAUCCCAGCUAACAUUAACUGUACAGUUGCUGGCUGGGGAAAAACUGGAGUUAACAAGCCUUCCUCAGAUGUGCUGAAGGAGGCCAUCGAGAAGAUGCAAUUCAACUUUGAGUGCAAAAAAAUAUGUCCAGAUUACUUUGUCACUGAUCGCAUGAUAUGCACCAAAUUCACCAAAAAGAACGGAGGGAUUUGCCAGGGUGAUUCGGGCGGACCGGUUAUCUGCAACAAGAAGCCUCAGGGUAUAACAGCUUUCACCAUCGGAAAUGAGUGUGAUAAUCCCAAGUAUCCUCAUGUCUUCACUAAAGUUAAUUUCUUUAUCCCCUGGAUUAAGAAAAUGAUGCAGGGAUAGGGGAAUGUUGCAUGAGCCACUAUUCAGAAGCCCAGAAUAUCAGCGUUUCUUCAUUUGCUUAUUACAUAACUUUUCUUAAGAAAGCAAACAUUUAAAGAUAAUUAAAAGUCUUAGUUUAAAAAAAAUAAUUCAUGUAGCUAGUACAUGUAUGUGACUGUUUUGCAGAUUGUAUUGAAAAGGUCUGGAAUUAAAAACUAAACACUUUA